AUGUCGGUGGUUUUCCAAUUAUUAAUAGUAUCUACAUUAGUCCACGGAGUUCUAUCAUCCCAACGAAGAAGAGCAGUUCCUACUGUAAUACCAAGUAUAUAUGAAUUCAUAGCAAACAAUGCAUAUAUUUGUUCUCCUGUGCAGCUGCCAGACGGAUCAUUAGUAACUUUUCUGAGUGAAGAAAAAGGAGCCAAGUGUGAAGAAUGCAAUCAUGCGUCGCUUGGUUUUGGAAAUGCUUGUGGAGUGAGAAUAAUGGGGAGUGUUACUGAAGAAGUUUCAUGUUUUGAAGUCCCUCCGUUGUGCAUCGAAGCGUUCGAAUUACGUUAUAUGGCACAAAAACGACUGCCGUCAACAAGAAAGCCAAGAAAACGUCUCUCAUUUGUAAAUUCGAAAGAAGAGAGAGAGUUAUCCAAAAGUGCAAGAUUUGAACCGACAACCAUUCCGACAACUAUUGGGAUGACCACCACAACAACAACGCCUUCUACAACAAUAGUCACUUUUCCUCCUGCUUCAUCUCCAUCAACGACUAAUCCUCCACAUCCAACUCUGAUUGAUGAUGAUGAUUUCACGGUGACACCAGUAGCUGUCAGACAAUUCAAACCUAAGAAGUCACGUUUCGCGUUGGCGGAGAGUAUGGUUUCUGUGACCAAGGAAAUUGCAACUGGAACAUUCAAAAUAUCCCGUGUAAACGACCAAAAAAAUAAUGAUAUGAUUAGAAUAGUGAAGAGAAAACUGAAUUUUAUUGGGACUACCACAACGACGCCCGCACCAAAACCAACACCAAAACUAUGUGAGGAUAAGCAUGGUUUAUGCUGCUUCUGGGCGACCACAGGAGAAUGUACCAAGAAUCCAUUCUGGAUGAAAGUGAACUGCCCGAAGACUUGUGGAACUUGUGAUUGCGAGUUAGGAAAUGCUGACAAGUGUGUUUCCACUGGUAUCAAUUGUACUCUUCCAACUACCACCAUACUUAUAACUACAACAACUACAACACCAAAACCUACCACCACUACUACCACCUUACCUACAACUACUACUACUAGAAAAAAGUACACCCGACCAUAUACGCCACCUGCCAGCGGAUUCCGAAGAACUCAAUCUACAACAACUAACAAAGCUAAUAGAAUCUAUACAACAACAACACCCACAACGACUACAACAGAAGCUACAACUACAACAGUUGCAACAACAACAACUGCCGAUAAGUGCAAAGAUUACCACAAGGAAUGCUCAUUUUGGGCAAUGCUCAAUGAAUGUCACACUAAUCCAUUUUAUAUGAGGCCCAACUGUCAGAAGUCUUGUAACUCAUGUGGCGAGUUGGUGGGCACCGUGUAUGCUCCCACACCGAGACCAGGAUGUGAUAACGGCCACCAGUUGUGCAACUACUGGGCUCAUAUUGGAGAAUGCUCAUCAAACGCGAAUUAUAUGCUACCAAACUGCCGAUUGGCCUGCCGAGUCUGUUAA